AUGAGGCAGGAGGGGAUUCCUGGGCAGCCUGCUGGAUUUGGCGCUAGAAAUGCGGAAGGGUCUGCAGGUCUGACAGAGUUCCAGUAUGGGGGAACGUUGCUUGUCGCGAUUGCACAAGACGGGAACUCCAACAUACUCCCUGUUGCAUUCACAUUAGUCGAGGGUGAGAAUGUUGAGUCCUGGUCUUUCUUUCUCUCCCAACUGCGUCAGCAUGUGACACCGCAGCCGGGUCUGCUGGUUAUAUCGGACAGGCAUAACGGCAUCAAUGCCGCGCUUGAGGCUCCCGACGGAGGCUGGUUACCUCCAUCUGCAUACCGGGCAUUCUGCAUUCGACAUGUAGCGGCAAAUUUUGCCCUAACCUUCAAGGGCAAAGACUCAAGGAGUCUACUUGUCAACGCGGCGUACGCUAAGACCGAGGUAGAGUUCGAUUACUGGUUUGAUAUUCUGCGGUCUGAAGACCCGACGAUGUGUGACUGGGCGAACCGGAUUGAGUAUUCCUUGUGGACACAACAUUGUGAUGAGGGGCGGAGAUUCGGGCACAUGACGACGAAUAUCUCUGAGUGUGUGAACUCAAUCCUCAAGGGUGUCAGAAACCUCCCUGUGUGCUCGCUAGUGAAGGCAACAUACGGAAGGUUGGCCGAACUAUUUAUUCGAAAAGGGAGAGAGGCUGAGGCCCAGCUGGGAACCGGACAACAAUUCAGUCAGCACUUGAUGAAGUGUAUCGAGGCCAACUUGAAGACGGCGAGGUGCUUCACGGUGACUUUGUACGACAGGGAUAACUCGGAGUUCACCGUCGCAGAGACGACUCCGACUGGUUCGUUCUCACUGGGUAGCUAUAGAGUCUCGCUUGCAUCUCAGACAUGUGACUGUGGAUACUUCCAGGCACUUCAUUUCCCGUGUCCGCACGCACUGGCAUGCUGUGCCUACUCACGGCUUACAUGGCAGCCUUACGUCCACCAGGUGUAUCGUCUUAGUUCGGUGUUCAGUGUGUAUCGGAUGGGAUUCACACCUCCCAUUCCGGAGGGUUUCUGGCCACCAUAUGACGGGCCGACUGUGAUCCUGGAUCCUAACAAGAGGCUUGCGAGAGAGGGUCGUCCGAGGUCCACUCGGAUACGGACCAAUAUGGACGAGGCAGAUCCGAACCGGCCAAAGAGAUGUGGCCUCUAUCGGCAACCCGGACAUCUAAAGGUGCCUGUGUGCCGGAGCUCUGACCACGCCUACGAUUCGUAUCAUCCUCCUGCAUGA